AUGAAAGGCGGAACUAAGUUCUGUAUCUCAGCAACAGUAUUAGUCGUGGGCGUGACCAUCGCAGUGGUAGGCGUGUCAUUUCUUCACUUUUUCCCGGUCAUUUUUGACGAAGCAUUGAAGAAGCAAACCCGGCUAGUAGAAGGGAGCACAGGAUAUAAAAUCUGGGAGAGCCCACCUGCUGAUAUUUACAUUGAUUUCUAUGUGUGGCAUCUUGAAAACCCACUAGAGGUGGAGAAAGGAGCUAAGCCCAACGUCACACAGCGAGGACCGUACACAUAUAGAGAAACUCGGAGUAAAGAUUACAUCCAGAAUAACAAAAAUGGAACAUUAUCAUAUGUUCAGCCAGAAAGAUACGUCUUUGAUCCAGUUCAUUCUGUAGGCGAUCCGAAAGUUGAUAACUUUACCACAAUCAAUAUGCCACUACUAACAAUCAUUAACCAACUUCAGUAUAUGCCUGAAAACUACAGAUAUCUCUUCAACGUCUUUGCGAACUUACUGGAGAGACAUCUCCAUGCAACACACACGGUUCAUGAUUUCAUCUGGGGAUAUUUCAGUCCACUACUCGCCCUUGCUAAGAUUCUUAGGCCUGAUAUGGUGGUCACGGAUGAGUUUGGAAUAUACGUUGGGAAAAACAACUCUUCUGAUGGCAUUUACACAGUCUACGAUGGAGUAAGAAAUUACAUUAAAACUAAUGAGAUAGAGAGAUGGAAUGGAAAGGACGAUGUGUCGUAUUGGACUACCAAAUAUGCAAACAGGAUUAAUGGCACAGAUGGCACCUACUUUAGACAGUUUUUAACGAAGGAAAAAAAGAUUUACAUUUUUAUUUCUGACAUUUGUCGCUCAGUGUAUGCAACGUUUCAACAUGAAUUGGAAACACGGCAGAUUCCAACAUGGCGAUACGUCAUCCCUAAAUCUGUAUUUGAUAAUCAUUACAUCGAACCAUCUAAUGCUGCUUUCUGCACACCCGAUAAGAAUAGCUGUCCACCAGGAGGGAUUCUAAACAUCACUGAUUGUCAAUUCGGUGCUCCAAUCUAUUUUUCAUCACCACAUUUCCUUUUUGCCGAUGAUGAAGUCUUUCAGAUGAUAAAUGGUGUUCAUCCUAAUGAUACACUUCAUCAAUCAUUUCUUGAUAUUGAACCAUACACGGGAGUUCCUCUGAAGAUUGGUAAGAGAAGCCAAAUAAACACGUACAUCCAUAGUUAUGAUUUUAUCGAGUAA